UCUCUCUGCCCCUAUCCCACAUGUGCUUUCUCUGUCUCCCUCAAAAUAAAUGAAUAAACAUUUAAAAAAGUAAAAUGCAUCUUUUGUAAGUAUUAUGGAUAUAUUUACUCUGAUAGUCUUAGUCUUGUACUUAGAAUACGUGCUCUAUCUACAUAAAUGCAAUUGCCGAUUGCUUUAUAGCUACCAUCUUAUUAUUUGUAUAUAACCUCAAAUAUAUUAAUUUCCUUCUACUUUCUUGUCUUAUUUUGGAUUAAUGAAAUUUUAUGCAAUCUUUUUUAGUAUUAUUUUGGUGACGAUCCCAGCAUAAAAUCAGUCAAGAUGAUAUUCUUGACUUACUAGUCUAUUUAAGUAUACUGUUUGAAGUACUCAGGAUUCCAUAUAGUUGUUUUCCUUUCAGUGACAUAUUUUCCCUGUGUGAAAAACUUAAUAUAAAUUAAUGAUAAAAUAAAUCAUCAUAAAGUACUCAUUUUAAAAACAAUUUUUUCUAGAGUGCAGCUAAUAUAUAAGAUGAAGUCAUUUCAUAAGUCUGAUGUCAUUUGUCUUUCUCAAGGGUCUUUUAGUUACAUCCUCUGAGUCUCUGAUUGAUAUUUCUUUCUAUUACAAGUAAUACAUCUCAGUUCAUGUAACUUGCAAAUGCCUCAAAAGAAACUAUGAGCUAAUCACUACUCUUUCACUUCAUCUGAGUAUAAAUUCAGAAAUCUCUUUUUACAUUAGAAAUGUGUGUGUGCAUCUGCACAGAGGCAGGAACCCAUGGGAGCAGGAUGCCCAAACAAACUCUUCAUGUUUCCAGCCACAGGAGAGUGGCUGUUAUAGAGACAUCUUUAUAAAGUCAUCCAGGGGCCAAAGCCACAAUACUUUGGUUUCUCUUCAGAUCACAUAAAUAUCUCCUGUUUUACCAAAGUCAUAUGCAGUGGGCUAGUGAGAGGUUGAGAAGUCACACUUUGCCUGACAGCAGCUGGAUGAUCAAACUGCCAUUUGGGGCAGAAUUUCUCUGUAGGUAUUUUGGAAACAGUAUGUUGGAAAGCCAAGCAUAAGUGACACUUUUGAGUUUGCACUUCAAUUUAAUUCACUGCUCAUAUAGAAGAAUGUUAUUGUAUCCUCAGAUGUUGGUAUGUGAAGACCUGAAGAUUACCCAGUGUGUGAGCAUGAACACAUUAGGUUGCGGGUCAGCUGAGCUCACAGAAGGUCAGCUCAGCUUUGUCUCUGAUUUGAUUAUUUGAGGCAUAUUUUAAGUGUCUGGAUUUGUGCCAACUGCCACAAAGAAAAAUGAUGCGUACCUUUUUCUUGACUUUAAUGAGCUUUGGUCCUCCUAGGAAAGGUGCCUAAGAACUAUAGAUCCAGGCAGAGGGAUAAAACCAUGAAACAGGAACCUAUAGAAUUCCCAGGUGUCCCUGGGAGGAAGAUAACUUUCAAAUUGGGAGAUCAGAGAUUGGCCAGAAUUGUGGUCAAAUUUAGGUAAAGAUAAUGGGAGAAGCAGUCAAUGUAAUGUCUGAAGCUGAGCAGAGCUGAGGCUAGGGGUGGCUGAACUGAGGUGGCAGUCUUGGAUUAGGGUUAGCCUAAAUCAGUGGUUAGGCCAGUUAAUGACAGUUGGAUGUAGCUUUAUCAUUCUCAAAGUAUUGUCCCUGGAAAAGCAGCAUAGGCAUUACCUGGGAACUUGUUAGAAAGGUGAAUUCUUGGCUUUUCUCCCCAAACUACAAAAUAGGUAACUCUGGAGAUUGGUGUCAGCAAUCUGUGUUUCAACGAGCUCUCCAGGUGAUUCUCAUACACACCCACAUUUGAGAACCACUGGUCUAGAUAAAAGAAAAGCCUGAUAAGAAGCCCGCACUAUAUAUUGAAGAAAAAAAAAAUGGAGAGCUCUAAAUAUCGAUUUGGAGGUGUGUGUGUGUGUGUGUGUGUGUGUGUGUGUGUGUGUGUAUUCAGGGGCACCCAAACAACAUGCGCCAAAAUUCAUCUGUAAGGGAUGGUGGGAUGGUUUUUCCUCUGCCUCAGAGGAGAACAACAGCAGAACCUGGCAACUUCUUCCCAUCAGGGUCCAGGAUGGUUAAGAAGAUCCUUGAAGAGAACUGAAGCUCCAGUUUGUGCAGCAUCCUGUCCUUGGGCAUGUUUAUUCCUUUAGUUCUUCUCUUGUUCUUGAAGCCUCAUUUCCUUAUUUUUUCUCCUUUACCCAGGAAAUACAAUGGUUUUUAUUUUAUUAUUUUUAAGCAGCUACUUACCGAAUACAGAUGCAAAUAAGAUAAUGCACAGGUAACUUUUGUAUUUAUUGUUUCCACCCCUAGGUUUCACCACUAAUUGUUUUUUUUUUCCUUUCCUAUUCUGCUUUGUUCUGCUUUUUAGUGAGUAUUAAGCAAGACUGCCAGUGGUUCACAGUACAUCAAGAUAUAGAGAUGCUAAAUUAAAAGAGUCAAGGGUAUUAUGAUGCUUUCAACAAUCUGUCAGUUUCAUAUAUCUGACUUGUACUUAUUGAGUGCCUUUUAUGUCAGCAGGUGCAGGGCACUUUUCUCUGUGCUAUUAUAAAAAGAUAAGAUUUCAUUGCUGACAAAUGGAGCACAGAAUUUUUGGCAGACAAAUAGGACAUACCAUUUGUAUGGGAGAGUGUUAUUAAUGCUUUAAUAGCAGCAUGCUCAGGAAGUUAAAGGAUCAUAGGGAAACAAUGGAAAGGGGAGGCAUCUAACCAUGGAUGCAGAAAGAGUAACAAGAAAAACCAUUCCUAAGAGCUAUAACUCUUGUUCCAGAUAGAAUGCAACAAGAAGAAGUUAGUUAUUUGAGGGCAAGAGAGUUGAUUCUAGGAGAAGGAGAUGACAUGUAAAAACACAGAGUUGAGACAAAGAGCAAAGCAUGUUCUGUCAGUGGCUGGGUUUAUGUGUGGAGUUGGAAUAUACUCGUGAAGGGAGUUAUUUUUUAUUCAUAAGGUUAUGAAUGCUAAGGACAUUGUUUUAACAGAGUCACUUGUACAAUUUAAAUUGUAGACAUAUUUCAUGUCAACAGAAUUGUGGAGAAACAUGACAGCCUAGAAAAAAAGCAGAUACAUCAGUUAGGAGAUUGUUAAUGAAACAGUCAAACCCUGAAUUCAUGUCUUUCCUUUUAGCGAGUUGCAGGCCCACCUGCCAGUCAUGGUACUAUUUCGCAACAACACAGGCACCCAGGUGACUGAAUUCCUGAUGAUUUGCUUCCCAGGAAUGCAGGAAACACAGCACUGGCUAUCUGUAGUCCUUGCUCCCCUCCUGGUUUUGGCUUUGGGGGCCAACUUUGUGUUAUUACUCACCAUUCGGCAAGAGACAUCUCUGCACGAACCCAUGUACUACCUGCUUGCCAUCCUCUCCGUGCUGGAUAUCAUCCUCUGCCUCACUGUCAUCCCCAAGGUCCUGCUCAUCUUCUGGUUCAACAUGAAGACCAUCAGCCUUGCAGGCUGCUUUCUGCAGAUGUUCAUCAUGAAUACAUUCCUUCCUAUGGAGUCUUCCACCUUCCUGGUCAUGGCCUAUGAUCGCUAUGUGGCCAUUUGCCAUCCUCUGCACUACCCAUCCACCAUCACUGAAAAAUUUGUCAUUUAUGCAGCCAUCUUCAUUGUCUUCCGCAAUUUUGUGGCCACACUACCCACACCAGUUCUGGCUGCCAGGCUCAACUACUGUGCCAGCAAUGUGGUGGAGAACUGUAUCUGUGCCAACAUUUCUGUAGCAAAGCUCUCCUGUGGGGAUAUUCACCCAAAUAAGCUCUACCAAUUUGUGAGUGUUUGGUGUCUACUGGGUUCUGACCUAGUGCUCAUCUUACUAUCCUACUGCUUCAUCCUGAGGGCUGUUAAACGUCUGCAGUCAGGAGGUGCAGCAACCAAAGCCUUGAGUACUUGUGGUUCCCAUCUCAUUCUUAUACUUUUCUUCUAUACAUUGCUGCUUGUCUUCAUCUUCACAAACAAGGCAGAAAAGAAGGUGCCCUCAGAGGUACCCAUUCUUCUCAAUGUCUUGCACCACCUCAUUCCACCAGCCCUGAACCCCAUUGUUUAUGGAGUACGAACCCAGGAAAUCAAGCAAGGUAUUCUCAAACUAUUCAAGUACCAGUUUUGAAAGAUAUGAGUCAAAGAUCCAGGAUUAUGAAAGUCUGUUUUAGUGAUAGAUUCAUCUAAAUGCCCCGAGGAACACAUAUGACAUCCAUGCUGCUACCCUCAUCUUGAACUUAAACCUUCUGCAGACACUGUCAUAAUAUUUACCCUCAUUAUCGCCCCCUCAAAUCCUCACUGAACAUAUGUUUAGGCAACAAUUACCUUUUUAUUCUAACCCGUUGCCAUCAUGAUCCUUCAAUACCCAUUCAUUAAAUAAUUAUUUAAUACUUUCCACAUACUUCUUAGUCUUUACAUUCUGAGUAACUGUCACAUUUAAUUCCUAGGGCAAGGAUGAGACAGCACUUUAAAUAUAACAUGGGGGAUGUGGGUAGGAACAGGGGAACCAAUGAAGACAAUAUUUUCUUAAAUGUUUUAUUUGUUUUUGAGAGAGAGUGUGUGUGAGCAAGGAAGGGGCAGAGAGAGAGGGAAAGAAGAUCCAAAGCAGGCUCUACACUGAAAGCA